GAUAAACAGUAAUGGCGGAGGCAGCAGCGGCGACUACAGCGGCACCAGCAGUAACAGGAGGAGGAGGCUGGACCAAACACGUAACCUGCAGGUAUUUCAUGCAUGGUGUUUGCAAAGAAGGGAACAACUGUCGAUAUUCCCAUGACCUUACCAGCAGCAAACCAGCCAUGAUUUGCAAGUACUUCCAGAGAGGAUGCUGUGCUUACGGGGACCGCUGCAGGUAUGACCAUACAAAACCGGCCAAGCAAGAAGAGCCGGAUGGUCCCAAGUCAGCAAUGCCGCUGCCCUCCGCCCCCCUCCCCACCGCUGGCACCCCAGACACCAAGCCCAGUGGGCCCAGCGGCGUCACCGACGGCCAGCAGCAGCCGCACAGCUCAGGGGCCAGGGACUGGGUCAACGCCGCCGAGUUCGUGCCAGGGCAGCCGUACUGCGGGCGAGCUGACCCGGUGCCAGUGGAGGGGCCGGGCCUGGUCAUUGAGGAGGAGUACGAGAAGGAGCAGGCAGACAAGGAGCUGAAGAAGCAGCUCUGCCCGUACGCGGCGGUCGGGGAGUGCCGCUACGGGCUGAACUGUGCCUACCUCCACGGUGACGUCUGUGACAUGUGCGGCCUGCAGGUGCUCCACCCCUCCGACUCCGCCCAGCGCUCCCAACACAUCAAGGCGUGUAUCGAGGCUCACGAGAAGGACAUGGAGAUCUCCUUCGCCAUCCAGCGCAGCAAGGACAUGAUGUGCGGCGUGUGCAUGGAGGUGGUGUUCGAGAAGGCCAACCCCGGCGAGCGCCGCUUCGGCAUCCUGUCCAACUGCAGCCACUGCUACUGCCUCAAGUGCAUCCGCAAGUGGAGGAGCGCCAAGCAGUUCGAGAGCAAGAUCAUCAAGUCCUGCCCUGAGUGUCGAAUCACAUCCAAUUUUGUCAUCCCAAGUGAAUACUGGGUGGAGGACAAAGAAGAAAAACAGAAACUCAUCCAGAAGUACAAGGACGGCAUGGGAAGCAAACCAUGCAGAUACUUUGACGAGGGUCGCGGGACCUGCCCGUUCGGAGCCAACUGCUUCUACAAGCACGCCUACCCCGACGGGCGUCUGGAGGAGCCCCAGCCACAGAGACGGCUCACAGGCUCGGCCGGGCGACACCGGAAUUCCCGGCGGACGCCCCUGUGGGACCUCUUUGACGAGCGGGAGAGCAGCGACUCCUUCGACAACGAGGACGAGGAGAUGGUGACUUUCGAGCUGAGCGAGAUGCUGCUGAUGCUCCUGGCAGCCGGCACCGACGACGAGGUCACUGACUCAGAAGACGAGUGGGACUUGUUUCACGAGGAGUUGGACGAUUACUACGAGGUUUACCUAUAGCACUCCUCCCCAGCCCAAGCCCCC